AUGAAGCACGACGAGCUCGAGACUGUGGCUGCCAGCCUCAGCGGCGAUUUCCGCUCCAUUGAGCCCCAUCUGCGCAGCAUCGACAAGCACCUAACGCUGCGAACCUACCUCGAUGGCUUCGCCCUCGGUCCCAUCGACACAAAGGCCUGGCAGAGUCUGCGCGGAAACAAGGCGGCUAUGGGUUUCAUCCGAAAGAACACGCUCGGGCACCUGUCCCGCUGGUUCAACUACAUUGAACAGGCACACCCCGAGCUCGGAGAGGAGGCCAAGGCUGCCGACGCCGCCUCCAAAGCCAAGACGGCUGCUGCCAGCAAGGCUGGUGCCAACUACAACCUCGCUCUCCAGGAUGCCGACAAGGGCGUCGUGACCCGUUUCCUCCCCGAACCUUCCGGCUACCUUCACAUCGGACACGCCAAGGCAGCCCUCCUCUCCGACUACUUUGGCCAUGUCGCCUACAAGGGCCAGAUGCGCCUGCGUCUCGACGACACAAACCCCUCCAAGGAGAAGCAGGAGUUCCAGGAUGCCAUUGUUGAGGACCUCGCCCUCAUGGGCAUCAAGCCUGACACCCUGACCUACACCUCGGAUUACUUCGACUACCUCUACGACAUGUGCAUCAAGCUGAUCAAGAUGGACAAGGCGUACGCCGACGAUACUGACCAGGAGACGAUGCGUGACGAGCGUAUGCACGGCCGCCCCUCGAAGCGUCGCGACCGAACCGUCGAGGAGAAUCUACGUAUCUUUGAGGAGAUGAAGAAGGGUACCGAGGAGGGUCUCGCCAACUGCAUCCGCGCCAAGCUCUCCGUGGACAACCCCAACAAGGCCAUGCGCGAUCCCGUCAUCUACCGCUGUAACAUCGAGCAGCCACAUCACCGUACCGGUCGCAAGUGGAACAUGUACCCCAUGUACGAUUUUGCCUGCCCCGUCGUCGACAGUCACGAGGGCGUCACCCACGCCCUUCGCUCUACCGAGUACACCGACCGCAACCCUCAAUACCAGUGGUUUAUUGACACCCUGGGCCUCCGACAGGUACACAUGUGGGACUUCUCUCGUCUCAACUUCAUCAAGACCUUCCUCUCCAAGCGCAAGCUCGCAAAGCUCGUCGACAGCGGCAAGGUUUGGGGCUGGGACGACCCUCGCAUGCCAACUAUCCGUGGUGUCCGCCGUCGCGGUAUGACGGUCGCUGCGCUCCGUGACUUCAUCAUCAAGCAGGGACCCAGCCGUAACAUUGUCUCCAUGGACUGGACCACGUUCUGGGCUGCCAACAAGAAGGAGAUUGACCCUGUCGCUCCCCGCCACACUGCUCUGCUCAAGAAGGACCUGGUAAAGGUCGAUCUUUCGGGCUCUGAGACCCCCUCUGGCGUUGUUGUAGAGGAGCGCCCAAAGCAUCCCAAGAACCCCACUGUUGGCAACAAGCAGGUCUACUUCUCCCCUCAAGUCUACCUCGACCAGGCUGAUGCCAAGACUUUCAAGCUGGGCGAAGAGAUAACGCUUAUGGGUUGGGGUAACGCGUUUGUCCGCGACAUCCCCGCCGGCGAGCCUAUUCCUGACCUGAAGCUCGAGCUCAACCUCAAGGGCGACUUCAAGACGACUGAGAAGAAGGUCACCUGGCUCUCGGCCCAAGGAUUCGACCUCGUCCCCGCGGAGCUGUGGGAGUUCGACUAUCUCAUCACCAAGGACAAGCUUGAGGAGGAGGAUAACCUGGAGGACUACCUGAACCCCAACACUGCUAGCAUGGAGGAGGCUGUCUGUGACCCCGGCGUCGGCAAGCUCAAGAAGGACGACAUUAUCCAGCUUGAGCGCCGUGGAUUCUUCCGCGUGGACAAGGGUCUCGGUGACUGGGCCGAGGGUGAGGCCGGCGAGAAGGGCCCUCGCGUUGUUCUGUUUGCGAUUCCUACUGGCAAGGGCGGAAAAUGA